AUGAGUGAAUGUCAACUAAUAUGCAGAGAUAAAGGCGCAAAAUUCACCCCAGGCUUCAUCGUCUUCUCUCUAGUAGGCUAUCUGGGUCAAACAGGCUUCAACAUCGCCGAUUCAUGGCACCAAGAAGACGCCGGCAAGGAAGCCGCAAAACCAAAGUCUAUUCUGGAGCGAAUGGCAGCGUCAAAAUGGAUUCCGUUGAAGGCGCUUUCGGAUGAUGAUUUUAAGGAUAUACUCAAGGAGAAAGUGUUGAGUAUUGAGGUUGAAAUUGCGUUGUUGGAUGAUAAGAUUCGGAGUUUGGAGGAGGAGCGUGCUGCUUCGGUUCAGAAGGGGGACGAAGAUGGGACGAAGAGCUAA